AUGUCGGCCCAAACGCCGACCUUCUCACAGGGCACCGACCCGUCGGCCCUCACGCCCAGACUCACGCCCCUCCUCGCGCCGGGCCGCUGGUCCCUCACCAACGAGGGCGCGGCCCUCGAGCGCACCUUUCGCUUCAAGACGUUCGCCAAGACGUGGGACUUUAUGACGGCCGUGAGUUUGCAGUGCAAGCUCAAGAACCACCACCCCGAGUGGUCCAAUCCUCAGGUGUACAACACGACCUUUAUCCGCUGGACGACACACGAGCCAAAGGGCCUCUCGGCAAAGGACGUCACGCUCGCGACGCUCUGCGACGAGUUGGCCAGGGACUUUGGCGAGGUUGUCGAGGACGCCUCCGCCGCGAAGGAGACGCAGGCCUGCGCUCUGGGCGGGCUGGCUGACGCGGCCGUUACGGCGGGGGGCGACUGCUGUGUGCCAAAGAAAUAA